UUAGAACCGCCCCUGAUUUUAACAAAUCCUUGUAUGACAAAGCAUGGGCCAUAAAUUUAAACAGUGCAAAAUCCACAAAUAUAAGAACACAUUAUGAGUGAAGAGAACACAUUGAGCAAAAAUGACAUCUUUCCCCAUGAAUGCUGGUGAUGGUGUUUACAGCUACUCCAAAAACUCCCAAUUGCAUAAAGAAAUGAUAGAUGGUGCAAAGGAGAUGGUGAUAGAUGCAAUUAUUCAAAAGCUUGACAUCAAGACUAUAUUAUCUUCUUCAAACACAUUCCAUAUUACAGAGUUGGGAUGUUCUGUUGGACCAAAUACUUUUAGCGCAAUGCAGUAUAUUGUUGAAGCUCUAACGGACAAGUAUUUAUUAUACCAAGACCAAGUCAUAAAUUUCACUAAUAAUAUUCCUGAAUUUCAAAUAUUCUUCAACGAUCAUGUCACUAAUGAUUUCAAUAUCCUCUUCCGUUCACUACCCUUUGAUCGAUCCUACUAUGCAUAUGGAGUUCCAGGAUCUUUUUAUGGUAGGUUAUUUCCAUCGCGAUCUAUACAUUUUGCACAUUCUUCUUCUGGUAUAAAUUGGUUAUCCAAGAUUCCAAAAGAAUUGGUAGAUGAGAAAUCCCCAGCAUGGAAUAAGGGUUUGAUUCACUAUGUUGGUGCAUCAAAUGUUGAAGUAGUGAAUGCUUAUUUUGCUCAAUUUGAAAAGGACAUGGAAAUAUUCUUUAAUGUUAGAGCUGAGGAGAUUGUUCAAGGAGGCAUGAUAGUGCUUAUCACAGCAUUUUCAGGUUAUAUACGUCUCCUGAAAUUUUUUGGUUCUAGUCUUAUGGAUUUGGCUAAUGAGGGAAAGCUAGAUGAAUCUCUAGUUGACUCAUUCAAUUUGCCAUUGUAUUAUCCCUCUCCUCAAGACAUGACUAAAGUAGUGAGAAAGAAUGGACUUUUUAGCAUUGAGAGAAUGGAGUUGAUAAAUAUCAAAUCAAAUCUUGUAGAUGAGGCUGAUGCAAAGACUUUAAUGAUGAGUUUAAGAAGUUCUAUAGAAGGAAUUAUAAUCAAUCAUUUUGGAAGUAAAAUAGGAGAAGAAGCUUGUGCAAGAACAAUUCUCAAGAGUGAAGAGAUUUCAGAAUGGAUGAAAGUUAAUUAUGAGAAACCAAGCAUAUUGUUUGUUGCUUUGAAACGUAAAUAAAUUUUUAUAUAAUUCAUAUCUAUGGAGAGAUGAUGUGACAGAUCUCGUAGGCCAAGUACAAUGUUUUGCCAAAUUGUUUUGGAUUUUCCUCAUUUGUUUAACUUUAUGUUCUUUACAAAGAAAAUUAAAAAAGUGUCUUUGUUAAUUUUUCUAUGUUGGCCUCCCUUUGUUGCUCUUUU